AGGAAAGGAGGUUGAAGAUGGGGGCAAACAUGACUUUUUAAUUCUUCAAUUUCAAUCCUCUCUAGCAAACGCUGCUAUUUCCAACGUUUUUGAAAUUGGAGGAUUUGGCUCAAUCCUCCAUUCAAAUACUCUGUUUACUAAACACCAUUAUUAGAGGUUUUGACUGGUCAAACCUCUAAUAGUGGUCAAAACCUCUAACAUCCUAUCAAAAUUCUCUCUACCAAACAGGGCCUGUAUGUCUAUACCAAACAUGCGCUUAGAAGUCAACUCCAACUAACGGAAACCAUUAGAAAAAUCGUUAUUGGGCCUUAGCCAACGACUAAUUCUUCCCCCUUCUCAGUUUUUGUUUCUCAAUUUUUUUUCCUUCAAAAUUCAGAAAUUGAUGCAACUGGAAUUAAAUUUCUUCAACUUGCAAACAAUCAAGGAGGUGAAAGCGAAUAAACAAGACUACAACCAGUUCUCUGGUAUCCUGAGUCUUCUCUUCCCUUGAAUAUCUCCUUGUUUUUCUGCCAUGGCUGGGGAGUGGUGAUAGGCACAGCAACAGCCAGCAAGCACUCAUCUUGAAUUUCUCUCUCCUCCCCAACGACGAAUUUGUAAAAUCUUUCUUCUGGUAUAGGAGGCCUUGAAUUAUUCUUUUUGAUGAUGUGAGCACGCUUUCCCCAAUUGAGCUGCAAACGUUCCACAAGAUCUGCUAAGAGACGGGGAAAGGAAUCUAUCAGCUGCCAGAAUGUUAUGUACGUGCUCAUGUCUUUGUUCGUGAGCUAGAUUUUAUAUCAUCAUAGAACACAGUCAAGCAAAAGUUAUACCAAAAAGGUAGAAAUCCAAGCUGCUAAUUGCAAGGUAGCAGGGACAUUUUCAAUUUUGCUGCUCCGAUAUUGGAAGGAUGAAGCGGCAAGAAAACAAAUAGAGGCAAGGAUCACGGAGUUGGAUUUUGUUUUUAGCGAGUAGCUACCAUGAUAGGAAAUUCUCGUAUCCGGCUAAAUGGUUGGCAGCAGACCGCAGUUGCUCUUGGUUCAGCAGUUGGUGCGUUACUUGACCCACGAAGAGCUGAUCUCAUAGCCGCUUUGGGAGAGACUACUGGAAAGCCUGCUUUUGAAAGAGUUCUUGAAAGGAUGAAGAGAAGUCCAGAUGGCAAAGCUGUUCUCUUGGAAAGACCACGAGUUAUAUCUGCAAGUGUUGGGCAUGCAUGGGAUCUUCCUGAAAACACAUUUGGGGCUGCUUAUGCCAAGUUCAUGGGAUCAAGGAACUUUUCACCAGACGAUAGGCCACCUGUACGUUUUAUGGAAACGGAAGAGCUAGCAUAUGUGGCUAUGCGGGCCCGAGAGGUACAUGACUUCUGGCACACCCUCUUUGGUCUUCCCACCAACUUGAUGGGCGAGUCGGCUCUAAAGGUCAUAGAGUUUCAGCAGAUGCAUCUUCCUAUGUGCUUCAUGUCAGUCAUAGGAGGCUCAGCAAGAUUCAACUCAAAGCAAAGAUCACUCUUUUUUGAGCACUAUUUUCCCUGGGCCUUGCGUGCUGGAAUGAACUGCACAGAUCUGAUGUGCAUAUAUUAUGAGCGCCAUUUCGACGAGGAUCUGGAUGUUGUUCGGCGAAAAUGGGGGAUCACUCCUGCUCCUCCUUCCCCUUCUACUGUGGGUUGAACCUGCCAAAUACAGUAUGGACACCUGACUCGUUUUCUGGAACACUUGGAUUCGUACCAGUGACUGACAUGAGUAUGCGUUUGAGUGAACAUAUAGAGUAAUGGCCAACUGCAGGUGUAAUGUAGUGAGUUCUGGUGUAUGAAUUCAGAACUCAAAGUUAAAUUUGGGUGUCGUGUUCGACAAGGGAUCGGAGGAUCUGACACUCCUCUGACGCUCUAGAUAUAAUAAAUUUCAUACAAGGGCACUUUAUAUUUGGGUGUAGUAUCGUGUUGAAGGACCGGAGUACUCGACACCCAAUACCCUCCGUCGACCAGAGUGUCGAAGUAACAUAGAUGUCCAUCCUCAUUAUGUUACUAGUUUCAAAAAAGGAUCCCCUAUUUGUAUUGGUACAAGAUGUGUUCAGUUUGCCAUUGAAGUUUUGUACACACUACUCUCCCCUUCACUUUCUCAUUUUUCCGUGUUUACUUUCUUUAACAUAAUUACAUAACAUAACCCUUUACUUGUCUUGA